ACUUUCAUUAAUAUUAACACCGUCUCCUCCACUCAGGCCAUGGCCAGGCACAAAGGCAACUUAUAUGCUUACUUAUUGGGCAUAGUUCUCGUUAUCUCCAUCUUUUGGAGUGUUGCAGGCGAUCUACGAAACAGGGUUAGUUUCUGGCCGAACCCCAACUCCAAAUUCCCUGAUUUCAGCCAUUACGACAAUUUCACACAUACCCUAUCUGAUGAACAAUUCCCUACUAAUGACAAAGACAGGAGGAUAAUCGUGAUAGGCGACGUGCAUGGCAUGAAUGAAUCUUUAACCGCUUUGUUAAAUCGAAUAUCCUAUGAUACGCAGAAGGAUAUUUUAAUACACCUCGGCGACCUUACGACAAAGGGACCUGUGGAAGACUCGUUGGCAGUUUUAUCGUUUAUGGAGAGCAACAACAUUCUGGGCGUUCGUGGAAACAACGACCAACAAGUUCUUGAAUGGCGUGCUUGGAUGGAUUGGAUUCUUUCUCAGCCGGGGGGCAGAGACUGGCUGGUAGAAGUCGAUGAUCGUUGGCCUGAUUAUGAACUCCCGUUCGGGAAAGGAAACAUGUUUGCAUUCGACUCACAGCCUCCGUUGAUGGAGAAACAUAAUUGGGGAAAGAAGGUCCCCGAGGGUUGGAAGCCUUUGGGGGACCACUACCAGGUUGCGCGAGCGAUGUCCCCCUCACAAUACAGUUACUUGCGAUCUCUCCCUCUUGUCCUUUACGCACCAGCAGGACAUGUCUUCUUCGUUCAUGCUGGUUUACUCGCAGCGGAUCCUAGCCGGAAACUCACGCAUUAUAAACAACCACUGUCGCACUGGCCAUACAUAGAGCAACGCGAGCAUAACAUUCCUGCUAUACGCAAAGCACAGGAGCUCGCGUUACUCUCAGAUAUUCCACAGAAUCAAGAUCCAUGGGUCGUCCAAAACAUAAGGAGCGUGCGCAAAAAGGGUAAACCCACGCGCAGCAGCAGCAAAGGGACCCCGUUCUCUGACCUUUGGAAUGACGUUAUGAACAAAUGCUCUGGUUUUCGUACUUCCAAGACUCAGUUUGGUUCCAAUACACGACUCAUAGGCUACCAGGAGAGUCAACUCGCUGAUCUCCCUUGUUAUCCGUCGACUGUCGUGUAUGGCCAUGCGGCAGGUCGUGGUCUAGAUGUCAAGAGGUGGUCCGUCGGCUUAGAUUCCGGCUGCUUUUACGGCCGAAAGCUUUCAGCACUAGUACUUGAUGGAAGGUCAUUCUCUUCAGGGGCUUCAGGGGAUCACGCAUUUGAUUUCCCGUCCGAGGCAACAACCGAUCAGUUGCAUGCAGAGCCUUCAUUACCAGGGGCUGUAACAAACCAUACGUUCGACUCCCCGUCCAGUGCAACUGAUCUUCGAAUCAAGUUUGACCACGCAGGGGAAGCCCGCAUAAUCAGCGUCAAAUGUCAUUAAUCAUUCGCCAUAUUCGUCGCAUAUUGCGGCAUAUUCGUAAUCUCGGUAUCAGAUCCUAACGUAAAUUGACAUUUUGCCGAUGCUCGUGGCCGGGAACGAGAUUAUCGACGUUCCUCGGCCCUUUAGACGUUGCUUUCUUGUUAUCUUUGCAUUCCAGGUCCAUCACGAAACCCGCGCUAGUAUUACUGUUAUGUAACACCAGUAUCUUGAUCUUUCCUUCGCGCG